CACGCACUCGGCCACCUACGACGACAACAACAACAUACAACAGCCAUAAAUAGUGUUGAGUGUUGAUCGAUUCUGCGAUUAUAAAUAAUAAAUAAUAAUAUUAUGUUUUGGCGGACCCCACUAAUGACGAUCAUGGGAGAACUCGUCUCGCACAGUUUUCCUCAAGUGUUACCGUGUGAUCAUAUUGUACUAUAUUAGGUGUCGCGACGAAAAUGGUACGACAAAACUCGAGGCUAUUGGUGGUCUGCGGUCCGUCUGGCUCCGGUAAGUCGACGCUGCUACGCAAGCUGUUCGACGAGUACCCCGACAGGUUUGGCUUCUCGGUAUCGCACACCACCCGAUCUCCUAGGCGUUUCGAGGUAGAUGGCCAACACUAUCAUUUCACCACCAAAGACGAAAUGCAAGCAUCUAUCGAUCGUGGAGAUUUCCUCGAGCAUGCCAUCUUCUCCAAUAACAUGUAUGGCACCAGCCUUAAAGCGGUACAAAAUGUUCAAAAGUCUGGAAAGAUAUGUGUUCUCGAUAUUGACAUGCAAGGAGUCAUUCAAAUCAAAAAGAUUACUUCUCUUAAACCAGUCAGUGUAUUUGUCAAACCUCCCAGUAUUGGUGAACUUGAAAUACGAUUGCGCAGACGAAAUUCAGAGUCUGAGGAUAAUUUACGAGCUAGAUUGAAUGUCGCACAACAGGAAAUUAACUACGGAGAAACGCCUGGCAACUUUGAUUGUAUUAUAAUAAAUGAGUCUUUAGAUAAAGCAUACAAUGCUUUCAAAGAAUUUGUUUUAAAAUCUUUCGAAAACAUAGAAAAUUAAGUAUACAGUUAAAUAGUACCUAAAGUAUUCAGUAUUCAAAACUCAGUCAGUAGAUUUUAGUUAUUUUAUUUGUAUAAUGUUUUUGUUAACUUUAUAGAAUAUUGUUAAAAAACAUUCUAGAAUAAUGUUAAACCUCCUUAUGUUAAAAUUAAUUUUUAAAUAUUAAUGGUUUUUCAAUUGAUAUUGAGUAGAGUAAAAUAAUUUAAUUUAGUUAAUAACUAGAAAACACAAAUACGAAUUCAAUAUACCUUUAUACAUAUAAUACAUACAUACUUUCAUAGUGUAUUAACUAUCAUGAAAAUUUAAAAAAAUAUUUAUUUAGAACUUCCAUAUUUUUACUAUUGAUCUAUACUAUCUUUUAUUUUGAAAUUUUAAUUGAUUUUAUCGAUGUUUAUAAUUUUAGUGAUACAAAUAGACUAAUGUGAUUAUUGGUUGCCUUUAUUAUUUUCUAAGAAAAAGACAUCAUAAUACUUCUAAUGCUCUAUGUAUAUAUAUUUUUAUUUAAUUUUGUAUUUAAAAGAAAUUUGACUGAUAUAAUUCAGAGGAACUAAAUUAAUAGUAAAGACCUUAUAAAGUCUAGAAUCCAUAUUCAUUCAUAAACAACUUAUGGUCUCAAUUUUGUACAAUCUAUAAUUAUUAAUUACUAUCCCUAGUAUCAUAUCCACAUUUAAUUAAAAUGUCAAAACUUCUUUUUAUUUAUUCCAAUUUUAAGUUCUUUUAAUUUUCUAACACAAUUAAUCUGUUUACUUCUUCACUUACAUAUCAUGAUUUACACACUACACAACAUACAUUUACUACCCAACUAUUUUAUGUUGUGCCAAAUAAAGUUUUUUUUUAUUAAUUAAAUCAAAAUUAUAAUACUUUUAUUGAAAUACAAUAAAAAAAGUUGCAAUGAUUAAAUGUUUUUAGUUCAACUCAAAUUUAAGUUGAUUAUUUUAUCAUAAGAUAAUAUAUUUCAAACAAUACAAGAUUAAAUUAAACAUAAAAAUAUGAUUUCUUGUUCAAAAUAGAAAGACUAAAAGAAUCUAAAUGUAAUACUUCUUGUUGGUUAUAUCUGAUAUAAGAAUGAGACUGGUAUGAUAUAAUAUUUUUGUAUACAAUGUGUGUUAAUAAUAUGAUAUUUUAACUGAUGUGAAGAAUACCUUUUUGAGAUCCAAUUAACUAAUAAAAUGAUAAUUGCAUUUGUCUUUAUGGUUUCUUAUUAUAUGGUUUCCAAAAGUAAAAGGUUUGUCUAAAAUUUAUGUUCUUAUAGAUAUACAUACUGUUGGCUUCGUUUUUGUAUGGUUACUUUAUUGAAUAUAUAUAUAUAUAUACAUGUUAAUGAAUAAAAUAGAUAUGUAGUUGUUUACUACAAUAUAGUAUUAAGAUUUUAAAUUGUAAAAAAAAAACUAGAUGAUAAAUAUUUUAUUAAAAAGAUAAUAUUGCUUACCAAAAUGUACAUUAUUUUUUAUUUUUUUUUUUUUUAGUAUACACUUUUCUUUAAUUAAUGUGAAGUUAAAGAUAUUGUAUCAUUUUUUAAAUAAUAUUAUACAGUAUGAAACUAAAUUUUCAAGAAAAUAAUGUCUUCUAGUUAUUUUUAAUUGAACUAUUUUAACUCGCAUCAUUAUUUUUAAGUUAAAACAAAAGCGCUAAUGUAAAUGUUAUAUUUAGUUUAUAACCCAACAAUCAUGUAUACCACAACAAUACCUGUGUCUAAUAUUAAAUAUAGUGCGUCAUGGUGAUGUUUAAACCAUGCUAUUAACUAUUUAAGUAGACUAGUAUUAAUUACGAUUGUCAAUAUACCUAUAUUUAAUUUAUUUUUUUACCUCAAUUAUACGCAGAUUAAGUUAAUCUAAAAUAUA